UAGAACCUACAAGAAUGAAUUUCUCCUGUUACUUUUUCAGGAACGACCAUUUUCGUCGGUUUGCAGCGUAUGCACCAUAAUCCUAACAUUUGGGAUAGACCCGAGGAAUAUGACCCUUAUCGCUUUUCACCGGAGAAUUCGACUGAUCGCCAUCCAUACGCAUUCCUUCCUUUUUCGGCAGGGCCACGGAACUGUAUCGGACAGCACUUCGCCAUGAACGAGUUGAAGACAGCUGUAGCGCUGAUCCUGCAGCGGUUCUGUCUGACUCCUGACGACACCCUGCCGGAACCUGUACCUGUUCACAAAAUUGUCCUGCGGGCUGAUAGUCCUGGUCUGUUCCUGAAGAUCAACCCGUUAUAAAUACCGGAACCUGUACCUGUUCACAAGAUAGUCCUUCGGGCUGAUAGUCCGGGUCUGUUCCUCAAGAUCAACCCGAUAUGAAUACCGGAACCUUUACCUGUUCACAAGAUUGUCCUGCGGGCUGAUAGUCCGGGACUGUUCAUUAAGAUCUACCCAUUAUAGCUUAGAGUCCUAG